CCUCAGAUCAGACUCCCAUCGCGCCAUUUCGUUGCGGUAAAAGCCGCCAGAUGGCAGUUUAGGAUUGCUUCUCUCAGGAAAGGCGCGGUUCUGCUUCAGGUCUAAUUUACAAUAUAAAAACAUAAACUAUUUGGUCAAUUAAUCGCGCCAAUUAUUACUGACGCGUGUCCCGGAGGACCCCUUUAAGCGGUUGAGGUUAUGUGUUCUGAAGCAUUCUGGGCCUGAACUGAAGAAUUGUGAACACAUUCACGGCAUCACUGGGUGAUUCCUCUCUAGAUUCCCCUAGUUUUGUCAGAAGAGUCAACAUGAUCAACUCAGAAUUUCCUGUAUUGCAGGACUCGUCAAAUGACGGGCAAGGCGACACCAUGAGUCUGAGCAUGAGCGUCAGUGAGCUGGACGACUCUGGGGAGGGAAAAGGCAAGAAAAAGAGAGGAAGGCCUGGAAAACAAGGAGUGGCCAAUAAGAAGGCUCGAAGAUCUCCGGUUGAUAAAGGAGGGAGGAGGCCGAAUGGAGUGGCCCAUCAGAAUGGAGAGGGGCCAGACCCCAGCACUCUGUUCGAGGUGGUCAAACAAGGCAAAAGUGCCAUGCAGUCUGUCAUUGAUGACUGGAUUGAAUCUUACAAGCAAGACAGAGACCUUGCACUCCUAGAUCUAAUCAACUUUUUCAUUCAGUGUUCUGGCUGUAAAGGUACUGUAAGGAUCGAGAUGUUCAGGAACAUGCAGAAUGCUGAAAUUAUCAGGAAGAUGACAGAGGAAUUUGAUGAGGACAGCGGCGACUACCCUCUCACAAUGGCAGGACCGCAGUGGAAGAAAUUCCGAUAUAACUUUUGCGAGUUCAUCAUGGUUCUGAUCCGUCAGUGCCAGUACAGCAUCAUCUACGAUGAAUACAUGAUGGACACGGUUAUUUCUCUGCUCACUGGACUCUCAGACUCACAGGUCCGAGCCUUCAGACACACCAGCACGCUGGCAGCAAUGAAACUGAUGACAGCACUGGUAAAUGUGGCUCUGAACCUGAGCAUCAAUCAGGAUAACACACAGAGGCAGUAUGAGGCUGAACGGAAUAAGGUUGCAGGGAAAAGAGCCAACGAGAAGCUGGAACUGCUGCUGGAGAAGAGAAAAGAGCUCCAAGAAAAUCAAGAUGAGAUUGAGAACAUGAUGAAUUCGAUCUUCAAGGGUAUUUUUGUUCACCGUUACAGGGAUGCCAUUGCAGAGAUUCGAGCUAUUUGCAUAGAGGAGAUUGGAGUUUGGAUGAAGUUAUACAGUGAUGCUUUUCUCAAUGACAGUUACUUGAAGUAUGUGGGCUGGACACUACACGACAGACAAGGUGAAGUUCGACUCAAAUGUCUAAAGGCCCUUCAGACCCUUUACACCAACAGAGAGCUUUUCCCCAAGCUUGAGCUCUUCACCAAUAGAUUUAAGGACCGUAUUGUAUCCAUGACGCUGGAUAAAGAGUAUGAUGUGGCAGUAGAGGCCAUACGACUUGUCACUUUGAUUCUGCACGGUAGUGAGGAUGCUUUGUCUAAUGAAGACUGUGAGAACGUCUACCAUCUAGUGUAUUCGGCUCAUCGGCCUGUUGCCGUGGCAGCUGGAGAGUUCCUUCACAGAAAAUUGUUCAGCAGGCAUGACCCUCAGGCUGAGGAGGCUUUGGCGAAGAGACGAGGUCGAAACAGCCCCAAUGGGAACCUUAUAAAAAUGCUGGUGCUUUUCUUCCUUGAGAGCGAACUUCACGAGCAUGCGGCAUACCUGGUGGACAGUCUGUGGGACAGCUCGCAGGACCUGCUGAAAGACUGGGACUGCAUGGUAGAGCUCCUGCUGGAGGACCCUGUGCAGGGGGAAGAGGUGUUGGGAGACCGGCAUGAGAGCGCACUGAUCGAGCUCAUGGUCUGCACCAUCAGGCAGGCAGCCGAAGCUCAUCCGCCUGUGGGCAGAGGAACAGGAAAGAGGGUGCUCACUGCCAAGGAGAAGAAGACACAGAUUGACGAUAAGAAUCGACUCACUGAGCACUUGAUUGUUGCUCUGCCCAUGCUACUUUCAAAGUACCAGGCUGAUGCUGAAAAGGUGGCGAACCUCCUUCAGAUCCCUCAGUUCUUUGAUCUUGAGGUCUACAGUUCAGGACGAAUGGAAAAGCAUCUGGAUGCCCUGCUGAAGCAGAUCCGUGUGGUUGUGGAGAAGCACGCAGAGAUGGAUGUUCUGGAGGCGUGUAGCAAGACUUACAGCAUCUUGUGCAGUGAAGAAUACACCAUCAUGAAUCGCGUAGACAUCGCUCGCAGCCAACUCAUUGACGAGCUCACGGACAGAUUCGCUCACUCGGUGGAAGACCUGCUGCAGGAGGGCGAUGAAGCAGAUGACGAUGACAUUUAUAAUGUUCUUUCAACGCUAAAGAAGCUCACUGCUUUCCAUAACGCACAUGACCUUACAAAGUGGGACCUUUUCAAAAACUGCUAUCGAUUGUUGAAGAUGGGGAUCGAACAGGGCUCCAUGCCAGAGCAGAUCGCUGUCCAGGCUCUGCAGUGCUCUCAUUACUCCAUCCUGUGGCAGCUGGUGAAAAUUACUGAAGGAUUUCCAUCAAAGGAUGAUCUUGUGGCAUUAAGAAGAGUGGUCAAGUCUUUUCUAGCAGUUUGCCAACAGUGCCUGUCUAAUGUGAACACUCCAGUCAAAGAGCAGGCCUUUAUGUUGCUAUGUGACCUCCUGAUGAUCUUCAGUCACCAAUUGGUCAACGGUGGUCGAGACGCUCUGCAGCCACUGGUCUUCAAUCCAGACAGCUCUCUGCAAAAUGAACUGCUAAAUUUUGUCCUGGAUCAUGUGUUUAUCGACCAGGAUGAUGAAAAUCAGAGCAUGGAGGGUGACGAAGAGGAUGAAGCCAAUAAGAUCGAGGCUCUUCACAAGAGGAGGAAUCUGUUAGCCGCCUUCUGCAAACUUAUCAUCUACGACAUUGUGGACAUGCCUGCUGCUGCUGACAUCUUCAAACAAUACAUGAAGUAUUACAAUGACUAUGGAGACAUCAUCAAAGAAACCUUGAGUAAGACCAGACAGAUGGACAAGAUUCAGUGCGCAAAGACCCUUAUCCUCAGCUUGCAGCAGCUCUUCAAUGAGCUGAUCCAGGACCAAGGACCCAACCUGGACCGAACGUCCUCCCAUGUCAGCGGCAUUAAGGAACUGGCCCGUCGCUUUGCACUCACGUUUGGGCUGGACCAAAUCAAAACCAGAGAGGCCGUGGCCACACUGCACAAGGAUGGGAUUGAAUUCGCUUUCAAGGUCCCGAAUCCAAAAGGACCAGAAUACCCACCACCAAAUCUGGCCUUUCUGGAGGUUCUCUGUGAGUUCUCCUCCAAACUCCUACGACAGGACAAAAAGACUGUUCAUUCCUAUCUGGAGAAGUUUAUGACGGAGUAUAUGAUGGAGAGAAGAGAGGACGUCUGGCUGCCUCUCAUCGCGUACAGGAACUCCCUGCUGACAGGAGGAGAUGAUGACCGGUUGUCCGUCACCACCGGCGCCAGCUCAACCAGCAAAGCCAGCACGGUCCGCAGCAAAAGGGGCCGACCGCCACAGCACAAAAGACGUCCGGACGAGGAGAGUGUUGAGGGUUCGUGGGUGAUGCGUAAUGACACUCUCCAGACACCAGGGGGCCUCCACACCCCACAGCUCACAUCAACUGUCCUGAGAGAAAACCCCAGACAGGCAGCAGAUCACAUCCCAGACCAAGACUCAUCGGAACCAGGCUCAGAACCAGACUACAUGCACAACCCUCCGAUGCAGAUGUCAUGGUUGGAUCAGCAGAAGAUGGAGGAGGUGAACAGAAAAGAGAGAGGAGGCAUGAACUACAUGAAAUCACGCACUGGUGGAGUGAGACAGCAGGUGCGAGGCCUCAUGGAAGAUGACGCUGAGCCCAUCUUCGAGGACGUGAUGAUGUCCUCGCGCGGUCAGCUAGAGGACAUGAACGAGGAAUUCGAAGAUACCAUGGUGAUAGAUCUGCCAGCGUCGAGAAACCGCAGAGAAAGAGCUGAACUCAGACCGGACUUUUUUGACUCUACGGCCAUAAUGGAAGAUGAUUCUGGAUUCGGAAUGCAGAUGUUUUGAGAGAGAUUUCAGCCUCUAUGGGUGAUCACAACCAGCAACCAACAAGAAUCACAUCUUAAAUGUUUAUUUUGUUUUUUAAUAGCAGUUUCACACAACUGUACGCAAGCAUGUAAGCUUCCUCUCUUAGUUCUGUGGUUGGCCAUAAUCCCAUUGUGAGCCUUUCCUGUCAGUCAGCAUUUCCUCAGUUCAUAAGGACCAAGAGAGCCUGUAAAAGCUGUAAUCUGCUGGUUUUACAAUGGUGUUACGAUUUCAGCAGCAUCUCAGCAGUAUCAGUUCCUAUUUUUCAUAUCAUCCAUUGAUUUCUUAGAGCAAAUGUGGUUUAAUCAGACAUUGUUUGGACAGACGUUUUGUUACUCCACUGCUUUCUAGAUAUUUUAAGACUAUCGUCCGUUCAUGUUCUGGUUUUGUUCAGGGUGAAAUUUAGAAAGGAACAUGUUAUGGUCGUGAUCAUUUUCUUUUCAAGUCUGUUCAGAAGUAUUAUUGGCCUUAAACAUGUAUUAUUGCUUGAAUUUGGUGUUAGAUUACUUGAUUUACCAGAUUAAUAAUAGCAAAGCCCACGUUUGUUCAGAACAACUCUUUAAAAUGAAAAAUGUAAAAAUAUAUGAGGAUAUUUGAGGAGGAAAUACACCGAAGUAUUCAUUACUUCAGACACUGGUCAUGUGUUUUAUACAAACCUUUUGUUGAAGAACUUGUUUCUUCCCAUUUUAAAGACAUGUUUACCUCCUCUGUUUAGAGUCUGCUCAGUGAUUUACCUUUUUUACUGUGCGUUUGUGGAAACAUUGUAGCUUUCACACAAUACUGUAUUGCUGUGAACAUUUAUUGAUCGUUUAUUGGGCUUUUAGGUCCAUCUGAAUAUCCACAGAGCAGGUUUUGAUAACACCUGUGUGGUAUUGACGAGUGAUGUCAGAACCCUUGUUUAGACCGGUGCUUUUAGAUACAGACUCCGAUCAAACAGUGGGAUUGUCAUUUAUUUUAACCUUUUCACUGUUAAAACUUUGCUUUUUUUAAAAAAAAAAAAUGUUUAAAUAAAAGUAUUUAAAAGUA